CUUCCAAUUUCCGCAGACCUGAUUAAGUAAGGGGAGUAUCGUCUUUCCUCAUCCUCCUCCUGAACCCUCAACUGCAGUCCAGAGAGAGAGAGAGAGAGAGAGAGACACCCGUUAAUAUUGUUUUGGCAGUUAAAAAUGUUCUACAGAGGAGCCUUGAGUUAUGGCGAUUUGAGUGACGGACGUGAAACGGGUCCAAAACGACAACGAAUAAUGGAUCCUCUUGCAUUUUACGGCUCUACUUCUGCUGCUUCAACUUAUAUGUACAAUCCCAUUCAUCAUCAUCAUCAUCUUCCUCAUCCUCCUCCUCUUCCUAUUCCUCUUCCUUACUCAUUUGUCGGCGAAUCGCUUGCUUGUCCUGUUGUCCGACUUCGAGGUCUCCCAUACGAUUGCACUGAAACUGAUAUUGCCGACUUCUUCCGUGGACUUGAUAUUGUCGAUGUUCUUUUCAUCCAUAAGGGUAGAAAAUUCAUGGGUGAGGCUUUUUGCGUUUUAGGAUAUGCUCUUCAACUUAAUUUUGCUCUUCAAAGAGAUAGGCACAAUAUUGGUAGGAGAUAUGUUGAGGUUUUCAGGAGUACAAGGAAGGAAUAUUACAAGGCUAUAGCCAAUGAAGUUUCUGAUUCCCGUGCUGGUGCUGGUGCUGGUGCUGGUGCUGGUGCUGGUGGUGCUGGUGGUGCUGGUGGUGCUGGUGCUGGUGAUUCGCCUCAUCCAACUGUUCCUAGAAUUAAAUCAUCUGAUGAUUCGAAGGAUCUUCUUGAGCAUACAGGAAUUCUGCGCUUAAGGGGACUUCCUUACUCGGCUGAUAAGGAUGAUAUUCUUAAUUUCUUCAAGGGAUUUGAACUUUCUGAAGAAUCUGUUCAUAUUACUUUCAAUUCAGCUGGAAGGCCUACAGGGGAAUCAUUUGUUGAGUUUUCUAGUAUAGAAGAUUCUAAAGCUGCCAUGGAUAAAGAUAGGAUGAUGAUUGGAAAUCGCUAUGUUGAGCUAUUCCCUUCUUCGCGUUCCGACAUGGAUACUGCAAUUUCAAGGGGCAGACAAAAGAAGACAAGAAACUGGGAUGGUGGCAGCAAUGAAACAACUGAAAACGCGGGGGUGCUGCGAAUGAGAGGGUUGCCAUUUUCUGCUGAAAAGGAUGAUAUUUUGGAAUUCUUUAAAGACUUUUCAUUGUCAGAGGAAUCUGUUCACUUUGUUCUCAAUUCAGAGGGUAAGUCAACAGGUGAAGCAUUUGUUGAGUUUGAGAGUAAAGAGGAUUCAAGGGCAGCCAUGACCAAGAACAGACAAUUGCUGGGCAAUCGUUACAUUGAGCUGUUCCUGUCCUCGUCAAAUGACUUGAAUGAAGCAGUCAGAGGAGGACGGUGAUUUUGUGUUCUCCAACUUUCUUCGUCUUUGUAACUGCUACGUGACAUUCUAGUAUCAUGAUAACAAACAAACAGUACUAAUAGUAGAUGCUGUUUUCAAGUUUUGUUUAGGUUUUAAGUGAACUGUUGAGUUUUGUUGUUUGAUUUGUUUAUUUUUCAAAUGAAAAGGAGAUGAGGAUAAUGACCUUAUUUUAUGGAUGUUGUGGUAUUGUUGUUACUGGUUAUAUAUUUGAUAAGAUUGUUAA